AUGAACGCUCCCAGAAGCCAAAGCGAAAUACCACAAGAGUACCUCAAUAAUGAAAACCCAUUUGCAUACAUGCAGAGCUAUGGGGAUGCCCCCGUGAUCGAUCCAAAGAUCAAGGCAGACAUGGAUAUAAUGCUGCAGAUGCAACCAAAAUACAUCUCGAUAGGAAUCAACAACCAUGUGCUCAGGACAGAGCAAGUGACAAAAACAAACACACUGAUUGAACUGCAUAUCUUGUAUCUGUUGAACGAAGGAUUGCAGACGCUUCGCAACAAUGCAGAGAUGGGUAUGCAUGUAAAUGGAAGCAUCAGUGAUGCUGCAGGCCUUAGCAUGGGUGCAGAAAUGAAUGCUAGAGCAAGUGUAGAGUCCUUAUUAAAAAGCAACAUUGAUGAUCAGAAGGUUCUCGACAUCAUGAUCCGCAUAAAUCGGUUGAAAUUGUUAAGGAGUCAAGAAAGAUUAAGAGAAAAAGUCUAUUAUGCACUUAGGAAUUCAAUUGCGCCUGAAACUGUGCAGUCAUCGGUAUUUCCACUGCCAAUAAUGGAAGAUGCACUUUCUGAUGCAAUUGAAUACGUUAAGCUUUGCAGGCCACCUGUCGUAUGCACACAUCCGCAAAGUAGCCAUGAUGAAGAGUAUGAAUCAAGCUAUACAACAACUGAAAACGAAGAUUAA